CUUUUGAAAUGUUCGUGGGUUUGAAAACAUGUCAUUCCUCAUAUUGCAUGGUCAAUAUUAAAAGGAAAAGACAAUCCAUCCUUUUGUUUUGAUCCUAAGUAAAAAGACUUCGUUGGUAUCUGCCCUGGCUUAUGUCGAAUGUAUGGAAGUAAUCACAGUGGCACGUGCUCCUUCUACAAGUGAACAUGGAAAAUAUUACAGCAGCAUUAAAUGAACUCUUGAGGGAAGCAAAUGAGCUAUGUAUCGGAACUGAAGUAGUAAUACUAGAUAAAGUACCUGAAUCGAUUGUUUUCGCACGAGAUUUCUACGCUAAAAACCAGCCAGUGGUGAUAAGGAAUGCAGUGAAACAUUGGCCCGCGGUACAAAAGUGGAACUCUGUUUACCUUAAGCAAGUACUUGGUAAAAAGCUGUUAGAUGUGACUUCUACACCCAAUGGUUACGCGGACGGUUUAGCCAAACAAGAUGGAACUGAGUAUUUCGUACUACCUCUUGAAGAAAAGAUGUGUAUGAGCGAUUUCUUGCAAAAACUAGACGACCCUACUGGUCCCAUACAUUAUAUUCAAAAGCAAAAUUCAAAUUUUACAACUGAUUUUCCAGAGUUGGCUGAUGACAUCAAUAUUAAGGAUUUAGACUUUGCGGAGAAAUGUUUAAAUAGUCCCCCAUUGGUAAAUUUUUGGAUGGGUGAUAAACGUGCAGUUACAUCUAUGCAUAAAGACCCAUUUGACAAUUUGUACUGCGUCAUAUCAGGGUAUAAAGACUUCAUUUUACUACCACCACACCAAGUAGUAAAUAUUCCGCGUCAGCUUUAUCCUGUAGGAAAAUACCAACGACAUGAAUCGGGUCAAUUUUAUAUUGAGCCUGUAUUAAACGUUCAAAGUGACAAUAAUAAAAGCGAACCGUUACAAACAGAGUGGAUAAGUAUUGAUCCCUUAGCACCGGAUUUCAGCAAAUAUCCGAAAUUUGCAAAUAGCCAACUAUUGCAAGUUCGUGUGAACGCCGGUGAUAUCUUGUUUUUACCCAAUUUCUGGUUUCACCAUGUACAACAAAGUCAUAAAUGCAUAGCAGUGAACUUUUGGUACGAUAUGGAGUUUGACAGCCGUUAUUGUUUUUUCCGUAUGCUGGAAAAACUUGUGGAAACCAAAAUAGAUUAAAUAUUUAAAUUUGAAAGCUACGAAAUAAAAUAUUUUUGACCCAAACUUUGCAUUAUGUUUUCUAUUCUAAUAUCUCUUUAUUAAUUUUAAAUUUAGUCUCAUACACUUAAAUAUGUGAAGUUUUAAAACUAUAAUAGAGGUGAUUUCUAAAUUACAAUAUAUAUGUAUGUUGUAUAUUAUACACCAAAAAUGAUUCAAUAUUAACACGUCCAAGUGGAAGGUAAGCUUGGAAGCGCCAGUUUCCUGUCUCAUUUCUUAUAUGUAAAGAAAAAACAUACUUAAAAAUUGUGUGAAAUGACAGCCCUCAACGUCCACGUAUUGUAAUAAGUAAAUCAAUCUCACCUUUUUCGAUUUAUACCAUUACAAAAACUUUUGAGAAAAAAAUCCCAAC